UAUACAAACCGUGCUUUAACGAAGAGAAUCGGAAGAAAGUUGCUUCCAAACGGAAAAUGGCAUUCAACAACGUGGACAAUUAUGUAUUACAGUUACAGCAAGAGAAAAAUAGCAUUGAAAAAGAAUUCCCCCAUGCCAAAAGACUACUAGAAAAAGAAAUCUCCAGGAUUGAAAGUGGAGAGGAGUUUACAUCGGCCACGUUUACUGACAUCCAUAAAGGUAAAUCGAUUCGCCUGCAAGUAAAAGUAGUAGUACCUGUAAAAGAUCAUCCAAAUUUUAAUUUCGUAGGCAAAUUACUAGGCCCUAAAGGAAAUUCUUUAAAAAGAUUACAAGAAGCAACACAAACCAAAAUGGCUGUUUUAGGACGUGGUUCGAUGAGAGAUAAGGCUAAGGAAGAGGAACUUCGUAAGGGUAAUGAUCCAAAAUAUAAUCAUCUAAAUGAAGAUUUACAUGUAGAAAUUACCGCAUUUGCUCCCGUUUACGAGGCUUAUAAUAGAAUGGCCAAAGCCCUUAGAGACUUGCAAAGAUUUUUAGUUCCAGAUUAUUAUGACGAAAUAAGGCAAAACCAACUUCGCGAAUUAGCUCUACUUAAUGGAGAAGAACCACAAUGGUCAGACUGUCAUCUAGAAGAUGGAUUGAACAGACUGGGCUGCAAUCUGACACCUCCCAGUGGAAGAAUAUGUCGAGCUGUAGUUAAUAAUCGAAUUAUAUAUAGAAAUCCUAUAAAUUGUUCGAGUCCCGCAGAUAAAGAUGGUUAUGUUACUGAAGAUUCUUAUUCUGAUCAUAUAUGCGAUGCAGAAUAUUGUGCACUUAGAGACGUGAACUGUUAUGAUUAUUAUCCAAUGCCAUCGGAGGAUCUGUACGAUUUUAAAGAUUAUGGUGAAAUGCAGCAUUCAGUAAGAGGUAAGAUGUAUCGACCUUUCUCGAGAAUAUUUCGAAGAGAUCAUCCGUAUUUCUCUACACACCGUUAAAUGUUCAUUACCUUUAUGGAGAAGGUAAGACACGAGGAAAAGUAAAUCUAGUCGAAACGCCGAAUUUAAAAAAAAAUGCACAAAAAUUUUAUGUAAAAUUGAUUUAAUAUUUUUUUAUUAAAAGAAAAAAAUGUUUAUGUUAAACUCGAUCUCACCAGCAAAGUAUAAACGAACAAAAUUUCAAUUAACAUUAAAAAAAAUACAUUUGCAUUUUUUCAAACGAGUUAAAAAAAUCAUAAAA